CUCCUCAUCAAACAGGACUCUGUGCCUGCCUGAAAGAUGUCCUGCUCCAGCCUGUGUGCCCCUUCCUGUGGGGUGGCCGCCCCAUGCCCGCUGGCUGACACCACCAACGAGCCCUGUGUGCGUCAGUGCCAGAGCUCCUCGGUGGUGAUCCAGCCCCCAGCCACGGUGGUCACCUUCCCUGGACCCAUCCUCAGCUCCUUCCCUCAGCACAGUGCUGUGGGCUCAGCGGGAGUCCCUGCCAUUCCUGGGGGAUCCGGCGGCAGUUAUGGAGGCCAUGGUGGCUACGGAGGCCUUGGUGGCUACGGAGGCCUUGGUGGCUAUGGUGGCUUCGGUGGAUGUGGAGGUUAUGGCGGCUGGGGCCAAGGCCUCGUGUCCUUUGGUGCCAGCUGUGGGAGCUGCUAA